GACGGCAAGGAAGAAUUUUCGUUUUCAGUCUGCUCAGUCUGCAGCGUCAGGUGAUGAUAGAUUUUGCGCCCCGACCGGCGAUGCCACUGUUGGAUUAUCAAUAGGGUUUGAGACUGUGAGUGUGCGGCGAGGAGGACCAAGAGGACACCGCAGAGUCGACCCUUGAUUCGACCUUUCUGCUCUCAUCCACCUGCUUUCGUGAAAGGACAGACGCAAGUGCAUGAAAGGGCGUGACCGAGGGCGGAAACCACGCGUGCAAAGACGCAGGCGCUUGGGAUGAGCGACACGGGGAGCUGCGGAGGCGGCAGCCAGCCCAGUGAGGGCAGCACGGCCUCCGUCAAGGAGGACCACAGCAUCAUCACAGUGGACCAAAGCGGCGCUAAUGGAGACAUCGAACGCCUCACCACUGUCGUCAUCUCCACCUCCGACCCCCGCAGCAAUGGCAUAGACAACAUGGCUUUCCGGCCAGAGAAUGACAGCGAGAAGCAAGCGAUUCCUGCCGAGGCAGUCAACCUGGAGCUGGUGAACAUGGCGCCCUUUGGAGAGGUGAAGGAGAAGAGCAACGGACACUCGCUCACCGAGAUUCCCAUUAAGAAUGGAAAGUCGGAGGACUCGGCGUUCAGCAGCGAUCCGUACGACGAGUACUUUGUCCCUGUCAACGAGCACCGAAAAUAUAUUAGGUGCCCUUUUUUUAAAGGGGAGAAAUUAUACGUGACGAAAGACAGGCGGGAAAAGAAGAGCUGCAAAAAACCUAUCUGCUGGGGCAUGACCCUGACCUUGCUGGCGGCGGCGAUCUUUGUUGUCGUUUUAAUUUCCACUGGUCAAAUGAAUCAAGAUGAAUUAGGAACUAAGGAAAAAUUGAACACUGGCAGUAUUGGCGGUGCCGGUUCAAGACCUUCUCAAACUCAGUCAACAGUCAUUCCAGCAACUGCACAGCCAUUUGUUCCGAGAGCAUUGGAAGGAAUGUUGUCAAUUGACAGCAUGGACUUUGUUGACGAUUUUUACAAACCUGAAUCAGCAAAGUAUAAGGAAUUGGCUGCAAAUAUUGAGGAUGAGAUUAAAAAUGCCUUGUUCGACCACCAAAUGAUGAACUUUGGUUCCUCUGACAUCACUGUCAAAGUGCAGCAAUUCAUGCCCGGGAGCAUUGUGGUGCGGUACAGAGUGGCGUGGGAACCUAAACCGGGCGUCCAAACUUCCACAGACCCGAUUAACAAGGAUCUCAUGCAGACCCGCAUGGCCGAAUAUUUACGCAAAAACGCUGGAUAUCUUUACACCUACAAGAUCCAUUUACCCUCUGUCCAGUCAUCAUUAAUUAUGAAUGAGUGCACAAUGAACAAUGGUGGCUGUUCUCAUGAGUGCCAUUUUGAUUACAAAAUUACUCUCAAGACAAUGUGCACAUGCCCUCUAGACCAAGUUUUGGGAUCAGACAAAGUCACUUGCCGCUUUGAAAAAGCGGUGGGCCCAAUCGACACGAAUGAGUACACUGGACUCAACGAACACUCUUCUACUGCCGAGCCAGAAACAAAAUCUGAUCAUGACCAUUCCCAUAAUCACAAUGACCAACAUGAUCACUCUGAAGCUGAGCCUGAACCCUCUAGCGAACCCGAACCCUCUAGUGAACCUGAACCUUCAAGUGAGCCAGCUCAUAACAGCCAUGACCAUAGUAGCAAUGAGGGCCAUGACCAUAGCCACCAUGAUCAUCAUGAUCACCACAUUCAAGUACACACCGUGGAAGGUUCAAGAUCUGAACCAGAGCCUUCUUCAGAACCUGAGCCGUCUUCAGAACCUGAGCCUUCAAAACCAGAACCCUCUUCAGAGCCUGAGCCGUCUUCAGAACCUGAACCUUCAAAACCGGAACCCUCUUCAGAGCCUGAGCCUUCUUCAAAGCCGGAACCCUCUUCAGAACCUGAGCCGUCUUCAGAGCCUGAGCCGUCUUCAAAACCGGAACCCUCUUCAGAACCUGAGCCGUCUUCAGAGCCUGAACCUUCGUCAAAACCGGAACCAUCUUCUGAACCUGAGCCAUCUAAUGAGUACUCAGGUCACCAGCAUCUACACCAUCACACGUCCGAGUCUUCAAGUUCAGAGCCCGAACCAUCCACCAAGGACAAUGAACACUUUAAGGUUGAACCCGAACCUUCUAGCAAACACGAAUCUAAUCCGGAGCCGACAUCUGGUGAGGAAGAAGUGAAAAUUUUCGAAAAGGUUAAGGCCGAACCCGAGCCAAGCGCCGAACCUGAGCCAAGUGCUGAACCCGAACCUAGCGCUGAACCUGAAACUUUCUCAGGUCAUGAUCACACGCACCAUGCUGAGCAUCAACAAAAUUCAGAAAAGUCUGAACCAGAGCCUAAAGCCGACGAUGCUGAGAAAAAGGAGAGUAUUAAUGAGGGGAGAGGAUUUGGUGUUUUCAUGGAUCACUCCUUUGCCAAAGUAGACAUCAGCAACGGAAGUGAUUGGAAUGAAGACCACCAUGAAAACGUGCAUGAUAUUUCCAAGGACUUUGAGGUUAUUCAGCAUAAAAAUACCUACCUGAGCUCAAGCACGACUGAAAAGAUGCAAGAGAGUGUUGAUGAAACCCAAGAAAAUGAAAAGCCGGUUGAAGAAUCUGAAAGUUUUAAAAAUGAACAUCACCACGAGGAACCAAUGGUCCUUGAGUUGAAGCCUAUGAUUGCAGUGGAAGAGGAGAAACACGGUGAAGAGAAACAUAUGGAGACUGAGUCGAAGGAGGAGACAUUGGCGCAUAAUAAUCAAGAGGUGGAGGAUUAUCCUGAACCAAAAAUUGAAGCCGAUAAUGUUUCCAAACAUGCCCCUGAAGAACUGGAGGUACACAGCCAGGUGCAUGAACAGCAUCCUGCUCUCUGGACGGGUGCGAUUUAUGCCAAAAAUUACGAGAGUGACGAAAACUCCACUGAACCUGAGGAGGUGAACACUGAGACCAUCUCUGGAGUUGACACGGAAAAGCCUGAAAUUGAAAAUGAGACUGGUGAGGAGCAGAAAAUUGAGAUGAUUAGUUUGUCAUCCACAGAGGCACCUUCUACGACCCCUCACGUCGCUUCCCUUGAGCACAGUCCUACAUCUGAGCCAGAAAUAAUUAAAAGCGACGAGUAUGACGCCAACAAGAACGAUUUACUUUCAAUCAGUGAGGACGAAACAAGCAUUGUAAAGGAACCUCGGUCACCAAUGCUGGACGACGGACUUGAAUCUGUCUUUCUAGGCCGUGAGCAGAUCACCGUCUCCUCAACCACUGAGCCAAGCGCAGAGAAUGUUGAGAUCAACGAUUUGUUCUCAAACGACAAAGAGCACGAGGUGUCUGAGUCACCGAAGGCCACAGAAUUAGAACAGUCCAAGCAAGAAUCGCGCAAGUUGAAUGUGGCUGAGCCUACCAACGAGUUCUUGGAGGUGAAGCAGCAAAAGCAGUCCAAAAAGCAAAAGGAGAAGGAGUUGGCCGAGUCAGUUGAGUUGUUCAACGCAGAUUUCAUGGAGAAGCUGAAGAAGUUGGGCAAAGAAAAAUAUGAGAAGGAGGAUGAAAAGGAAAAGAAGAAGAUCAUUGAAAUAAUUGAUACGGACACUCCAGCAGAGGGUGAAAAGUCCGAGGAUGUGGAGGAAUUUUCUCCAACUACUAUGAGGAUGGACGAGACUGGGGAGGGCAAAAUUGACGUCCGGAUGAAUAUGCAUGACUUGUUGUCUACAGAGCGAAAUGACAAGAGCAUGGAGGUCAGCGAGUUUGCCACAACCAUCAAGGACGAAGUUGAGGACACCACUGACUUAGCCAUCGAGGGAAAUAAACCUGAGAAUAGCAGCAGUUCAGAAGAACCGGCAGAGGUUCGACUGAUUGACGAGAGCAUCAACUCGACGGAAAUCGAACCAGAAGUAGCUACUGAAGCCAUAUCUACGGAAAAAGAUGUCACUGACGAGCCUGCAGAGGUCAACACGGAGAUACCUUCCUCAACAACUACAACUGUCGUCCCGCAGGUUAAAGAGUCACCACCUGUGCAUGAGAAACAUGAGGUGCAGCCAUCCUCUGAGGCGCCCACUUUCUCUCGCUGCUCAGCCGGACAAUUUGAGUGCGUGAACGGAACCUCCACUAACGGGCCAUGCAUCAGUCUGUCCGCCAAGUGUGACUCCUUCAAUGACUGCUCGGACGCUUCCGAUGAAAUCGGCUGCAUUGAGGAUAAGUGCCCUGGAAACUUCCAAUGCAAAAGUGGGCAGUGUCUUAAGAGGCAUCUUGUCUGCAAUGGAAUAGUUGAUUGCUCAGGAGAUGGCAGUGAUGAAACUGAUUGUGAUGAAUGGAAGUGCAUAUUUGAUGAAAUGAGGUGUCCGUCGGGCAGGUGCAUCCCUUUGCUGUGGCAGUGCGAUGGAAAGGCGCACUGCGAAAACCACUUUGACGAGCAAAACUGCCAAGACACCUGUGGCAACGAUGAGUACAGGUGUGGUGAGGGCAGGUGCAUUCCGCAGGCCUGGAGGUGCAACGGAAAGGCAGAUUGCAUGGAGGGAGACGACGAAAAACUUUGUGACUGCUCUCUGGACCAGUUUAAGUGCAAGGCAGGCGGGUGUGUGAUGAAGUCACAGAUUUGUGAUGGAGAACCACAGUGUCCUGACAAGAGCGACGAAUGGGACUGUCUGAAGAUUGCUAAAUAUGAAAAUGAGACAAGGCUGCAGGUCAGAACCAAUGAGGAAAAAUGGCUGGGUGUGUGCAUGGACAACUGGGACAGUAACUGGAGUGACGCUGCCUGUCAAAUGCUGGGCUUCAGUCAUUCAGUUUUCACAAACUAUCUGACCCUGUAUGCCGAAAACACUGACCGACUGCUGAUGUUAAAACCCUCUGCUGGAAAUGCCUCUCAGGCCGUCUCCAUUCUUGGUGCUCUGGAAAAAGCCCCUCUUGAGUCUUGCUCCUCUAAUAGGACAGUUGAAAUUUCCUGCCAUAGCUUCACUUGUGGAAGGUCACAGAACGGUGCUGGUCUAAAUGCUAGGCUGGUAGGGGGCCACAGAGCUUCGGAGGCGCAGUGGCCCACUGUGGCCUUAAUGUUCAACACCAAGCUGAAUACAGGAUGCACUGCCAGCAUUGUCAGCCCUAUCUGGCUCCUAGUCUCCCUCAGUUGUCUGACAAACAAAGACGCAACUCUGAAUUCUGAAAACUGGAAACUCUUUGCCGGUGGGACGACAUUCAGUUCUACGGAGCAGGACCCAAUGAUGCAAGUUCGCAAUGUGAGCAGGAUUGUUGGCCACCCGCAAUUCCAGUACAACCGCUUCCUGUACGAACAAGACGUUGCCCUGGUCAGAGUGGACAUGCCUCUUUUACUUGACGAGCAACUCGUCAGUGCUGUUUGCCUCAGCAGCAAGAGUGUUGAGCCCAAGCAGCCCCUCUGUGUUACUGCUGGCUGGGGCUACAGCUCCAGAAUUCCAAGAGACGGUACUCUGCGCCAGUACUUGCAUUAUCUACCCGUGCCAACAAUUGAUGUGAGCAACUGCAACUCAACCAAGCAUUACAACGGCCAGAUUUCUGAGGGCCACAUUUGCGCUGGCUACACCGAUGCCGAAAGAUCGCCAUGUGAUAAUGACGAAGGAGCGCCUUUGAUGUGUGUCAACGAGGAGGGCAUUUGGGAGCUGCAGGGGCUGCUGACGUACCACAGCCACUGCGGCCGAGGUCUUCACCCCUCUAUCUUUAUCUCAGUAAGCCCGUUGCGGCAGUGGAUCGACCACACAGUUGGCUCCGACUUUGCCCACGCCGCUGCCUCAAGCAGCUAAGAGAGAUUCCAAAUUCAAUAAUGGACUGCUAGCUGUGUUUAUUAUUAAAUUUAGAUGUGAUCUUCUGGUUAAUAAUCAAAUUUUUUCAGAAAUUUGGUUAGCAAAAUUGAAAACUGCAACUCCCGAGUGGUUGCUAAUGGCUCUAGUUUACUUUGAAUUUCUUCUGAAAGCUAUCCAAGUCAAAGUAAGAUUUCCGAGACGAUUUAUUUGUAUAUAAACUGCAAUAGGCUUAAGUAUAAAAUUAUAUGUUGUUAACAAGAAGCAUACUCUUGCUGAAAAUGAACUUCUUGGGCAUUAAGCAACACCUUUCAAGAUGCUUUUUGGUCAGUUUAAUUUUGUCCGACCACAGAAUGCCUCUUGUCAACAAUAUAUAAAUAACGAAAGGAACAUGUGUCAAAUAAAUGUAGAAGAAAAAUGUAAUUUUUGAAAUCUUUAAGCAACAUCUUGAAGACGUAAUUACUCUUUAGUUGUCUUAAGUUUUUUCAGCAAUUUUUGCAUGUUUUUGAGAGGCUGAUUUAUAUGACUCGGUGAGAAUUUUGUGUGAGAGAAAGAGGUUUGAAAAAAAAAAUACAAGUCGAAUGUGCUCAUCAUAUCUUAUUAGUAUAAUGGUCCAUCAGCCUGUUUUUAUACGAAAUCACUGAUAUUUGAAUGUCAUAUAUUAUCUCAAUUUUAUUAUUUGAAUAUCGUCGCAUAGUUUUAUAAAUCCUUUGAUCUGCUAUGAAUGAAGAACUGUAGUAAAUCUCCAGUAUUUAGAAAUCUCUGACUUUUGUGUAUGUAAAAAUUGGAAAUAAAAAACUAACAGAGUAAACAUCUUGAAAUUAUAA